GCCAACAAUUUGAUUUCAAUUCAACACUCCACCAAACCAAUCCAACCAACUCAACCUCUACACACACAAUGACAAUUAUACAUACAACCUAUACAUAUAACAUACACAUCCUUUUGUAUCCAAUCAAUUAAAAAAAAAAAAAACCCAAAUCUCCACAAUAAAUUAAUAAUAAAAAUAAUGAGUACGCUGACGACACUGUAUCCAGUUUCAACCACACCAGUUUUCCGGCGUAACAGAAUUUCCCCCAAAUAUCGGAGGAACUGUUUCAGACCAAAACGGUUACGCUGUGCCUUAAUCGAAGAAGCUAGGCCACGCGCUUUACCACCUCCUGUUAGAGUUACUAAUAAUAACAAUAUUAAUGGUUCAGUAGUAGUAGCGGAUAUUUCUAUUUCUAGAAAUAGAGCUGAUGAUAUUCAAGCUGAAUCCAGGGCCUUGGCGCGUGCUAUCAACGCCUCUGUUUAUAGUCCUGAACUUCUUAAAUAUAAAUACAGUAAUCGUCCUCUUAAGGUGUUACAGAGGACUUUGCAAAUACUUGUUGGACUGGGUUCGUUUGGAGUAAAGCUAUGGUUAGACCAGUUGCAAGGCCAACUAGAGCAGAAUAGAAGAUCACGAGCUGUUGAGCUGAGGGAGACUUUCACAAGGCUAGGUCCUACUUUUGUGAAAAUUGGUCAGGGGCUCUCAACCAGACCUGAUCUUUGUCCACCUGAAUUCCUCGAGGAGCUUACUGAACUCCAGGAUGCUUUGCCAACAUUUCCAGAUGCGGAGGCAUUUGCAUGCAUUGAAAGAGAAUUGGGGCUUCCACUUGAUUCCAUGUAUUCAUCAAUAUCAUCAUCUCCGAUUGCUGCAGCUAGUCUUGGUCAAGUUUAUAAAGCCCAGCUCAAGAAUACCGGUCAGUUGGUUGCGGUGAAAGUGCAAAGACCUGGUAUUGAGGAAGCAGUUGGGCUAGAUUUUUACUUAAUAAGAGGACUAGGAUUUCUUAUAAAUAAAUAUGUAGAUGUAAUAAGUAGUGACGUGGUUGCUUUAAUCGAUGAAUUCGCACGAAGAGUUUAUCAAGAGCUGAACUAUGUACAGGAGGGACAAAAUGCUAGAAGAUUUAAGAAGCUAUAUGCCGACAAAGCAGAGGUACUCGUUCCAGACAUCUUUUGGGAUUACACCAGUGGGAAGGUCUUAACAAUGGAAUGGGUUGAAGGGGUCAAACUAAACGAGCAAGCAAUAAUCGAAAGUCAAGGGUUAAAAGUCUUGGAUCUGGUCAACACCGGUAUACAAUGCAGUCUUAGACAACUACUUGAGUAUGGUUACUUCCAUGCAGACCCUCACCCAGGCAAUCUUUUAGCAACACCUGAUGGAAAACUUGCUUUUCUUGAUUUUGGAAUGAUGAGUGAGACACCCGAAGAAGCACGGCUUGCAAUAAUUGGUCAUGUGGUUCACAUGGUAAACCGGGAUUAUGAAGCCAUGGCUCAAGAUUAUUAUAAUUUGGAUUUUUUGUCACCUGAUGUAGAUGUGACCCCGAUUGUGCCAGCACUCAGAAACUUUUUUGAUGAUGCUUUGAAUUCAACUGUCAGCGAGCUCAAUUUUAAGACAAUUGUGGAUGGACUUGGUUCCGUUCUUUAUCAGUAUCCAUUUAAUGUCCCAGCUUACUAUGCACUGAUAUUAAGGUCACUUACCGUUCUAGAAGGUUUAGCUCUCUAUGCCGAUCCCAAUUUUAAGGUUUUGGCGGCGUCAUAUCCUUAUUUUGCCAAAAGGCUACUCACAGAUCCGAAUCCAUACCUAAGAGAUGCUCUUAUUGAGUUACUAUUCAAGGACGGAAAGUUCAGGUGGAACAGGCUUGAAAACCUGCUUGUCCAGGGGAAAAUGGAUAAAGAUUUCACAGCAAAAGAAGCUCUACAACCAGUUUUGAAACUAUUAUUGGGUCCGGAAGGUGAGGAACUGAGGACUUUAGUUAUCAAAGAGGCUAUUCGGGUAACUGAAGCAAUCACAAUUGGCACCAUGAUUGAUACAUACAAUUCCAUUCCGGGGCCUUUGAAGACAUUUAUCCCAAACGGAAAUGGAAUUGGCACACCCCUGACUGAUGCUGAGAUGGAAAGUAUGAUGGAGCUUAGGCAACAAGUUUUAAGGAUAUGGGCGCUUUUGCGGUCCUCAGAUAGUAAUUUUGAUCCUACUAUCCUACAGCCAAUUCUACAGGUUCUUCAAGAACCCGAGGCGCGUAAUCUUGGUGGGCGUGUAUUUGGUGGAAUUACACAGCGUCUUGCUGCACGCAUGCUGCAACAAGUUCUCCGCUCACCUGCACCAGCUCGUGCAACAAGUGUAUAGCACAUUCCAUAUAACUAAAUCUGGGCGUGGAUGGUCAAUGUUAUAGUUUCAAUGUCCGGGACUCCGGGUAAAUUCUUUCGAUGUGUAUAAUAGAAAUGACAGAAGAGAUUUAAUUGCUUGUAAAGUCGGGACAUUUGUGAAAGCUAAAGUUUUCACACAAACAAGUUGUAAUAUGACAUUUAGGGCAUUAUUCAUUAUUGCUAUCCAGAUAAUAAAUAUUGAAAUCUUA